UUUAUGAAAAAAAAAAAAUAGGAAAAACAAGCCAUAGCAUAAAUGAAAUCCCAAUGCAAUUCGCAAAUGACUCGAUGCGAAACAAAUGUCGACAAAACCAUAUUAAAAUAAUAGAAAAAAAAGAAAAAAAACCCACAAAACCAACAAGUCAGGUCAAGAAAAGACUCCAAUAAAUACUCUGGUCAAGACCAAUUUUUGACGCAUUAUAUUUUCGAAUUUCCGUUGGUUUGUGUCGUGCUGCUAGAAAAAAUAUCAUCAACAAUAAAAAUUUAACAAAACUAAAAAAUAAAUAAUAAUGGAAUUAAUUUUAGUGAUAUUUUUAUUUGCAUUACAGGGUGGAAGCAGUAUACCAGCAGUACGUUUUUUAUUUGAUGCUAAAAAUACAGGGGGUGAUACAAGUCCAGUUUUGACACGUCAAUACCUUUGGGAUUUGUAUAAAGAACAUUUAUCUGAAACACCACGUAUGUCUCAAUAUGACACAUACAUACCAUCACCAUCACCAAUAUUCAGUCAGCUGAAAAACUUUAGAUCAUCAUCAUCAUUAUCAUCAUCAUCAUUGCGUAAUGAUAAUGAUGAACGUUCUUAUACAAAAAUGAGCCAAUGUGAAAAUAUUUAUAAAACAAAAAAACCAGGAUAUUUAUUGACAAUGGGUGAAAAUUCAGAUGAUACAAAAUGUCGUAGAACACAAAAUGGCUGGACAAUUGAUGAAUCAUUAUUUGUUGAUGAACCAAGUUGGAUAUUGGUUGAAGAAAAUAUAAACGAUGAUAAAUAUCCAACAAAAACAGAAGAUCCAUUUUACAUUACAAGAGGAAAAAAAUCAAAUGAAAAAAAUAAAAAAUUAUACAAUUCAACAAUUGUUAAACGUGAAACAUUAAUGACUAAUGAUAAUAAUGAUUCCUUAAAUAAUGAAAAUAAAAAAAAUGAUAAUAUAUAUAAAUUAAAUUCACGUGAUAAUAAAAAUGGAUAUGUUUUACCAAGAGAUAAACAUGCUGAUAUACUAGAUAUACUUCAAGAUGAACCAUUUUUUAUAUCACGUGGUAAAAAACAUAAUUUAAAAAAUAAUUAUAAUCGUAAUCGUCGUGGUGAUGUUGAAAAUUUAUUAAAAAAUCAAGAUCCAUUUUAUGUUGCACGUGGAAGAAGAACGUCAAAUCGUAUUUGGAUGCCAAUCAUGAAUUUACAAAAAUAAAUAAUUUAAAAAUUUUAAUUAAAAUUGAUUAAUAAAAAUAAAUAAUUAUCAUUAUUAUUUGUUGAUAUGCAUAUUUUAAUCUCAAUAAAAAAUUGUAAAUCAUGUGACAAAAAAAUAUAUUUAAUCAAAUUGUAAAAUUUAUUUGUUAUAAAAUUAUUUAACUAAUUUUUGUUUUGUUUUUUCAGUUAAAAUAUGUAAAAUUAUUGCUAUAAAAAAAAUUAAGAAACGUAUGGAAAAUAAAAAAUAUUAUCAUGAUAAAAAAAAACAACAAAAAAAAGAGAGUAAUCAUAGUCAGUCAAAUGUGUGUAAAUAAUGAUGUGAAUGUAAUGUAGAUUUCUGCUCAAUCUAGUUUGAUGUUUUUAAAUUCUUGGACCAACGAGACAAGCCAAGCUUCUGGAAUAUAUUUUUUAUCAUUAUUACUAUUAUUAUUAUUUAUUUAAAUGAUAAUAAUUUUCAUAAAUUUUGAUGGGUGUUAUCAAUUUUUUGAUAUUUAUUUUUUUUCUUGUUGUUGGAUGUGAAAUACUUGACAUCUUGAUGAAUAUUUAGGCUUAAAUAAUAAUCAACGUUGUAGUUUUUUGAUAUAUUGUUUAAUAAUAUUACUAUGAGGUGCUAGUUUAUCAAAAGGUAGAGCAACAUGAGGUAUGACCUUAUAAUAUUACGCACAUGUGCCUCAAUUUUUAGAGGAAAUAAUUUAAAAGAAAAAAAAAACCUGUUGGCAUUUAUUCAUCUUUGAUGACAAAAAAAACAUCUACAACAAUUUAUAAAUUUUUUAUGAUUUAUUUAGUUGAAAAAUUUAAUAAUUAAACUAAUUUAUUUUUUAUUUUACUUGAUAAUUGUUAAAUAAUUAAAUUAUUAAAUCGAAAUAUAUAUUUUAUUUCGAACUGAGUUAUUAAAUCGAAAUGAAUAUUUCGAUUUUAUUUCGAUGUGUAUUUUCUAUAGAAAAAAAAAAAAUUAUGUAUAAUUAUAAACGUUAAAUAUCAUAGAUUAAUAUUGUUUUAAAUAAAAAAAAAAAAUAUUAUACUGGGAUGUAGUGAAAAGUUAGAUGCGCGUAGGCGAAAUAAUAUCUUUGUCGGAAAAUGAUGGGGCGCGGGAUUUUUUACACCAAUCAAAGACCAGGAUGUUUGAUCAGGUGCUGAGUAUAAAUAUGAGAGCAAAUGCUAGCGAUCAACAUACUACAAGUGCUCAGCUCAUAGAAUUAACAAAAAAGCUCAGUGAUGUUAUAAAGAUUUUUUUAAUUUAAAAAUAAAAGCUUCAAUAAAUUGUGUUGCAAUUUAAAAUUCAUUUCAAUCGACGUGAUUGUUUUUUUUUUUUCAGUUUAAUU